UACACUAUCAUAUACUCAGUACUUUGCUGAAUCCUUGAUAAAAGAAGCUGAAGUAGACAACAAGAUUGUAGCCAUUCACGCCGCGAUGGGUGGUGGAACUGGCCUAAACUACUUCCAGAAAAGGUUUCCAGACCAAUGCUUCGAUGUUGGGAUCGCCGAACAACAUGCUGUUACGUUUGCUGCAGGGCUAGCCACUGAGGGCCUCAAGCCAUUUUGUGCUAUCUAUUCUUCUUUCCUUCAGCGUGGAUACGAUCAGGUGGUCCAUGAUGUAGAUCUUCAGAAGUUACCAGUCCGAUUCGCUAUGGAUAGAGCUGGUUUAGUUGGUGCUGAUGGACCUACCCAUUGUGGAGCAUUUGACAUCACCUACAUGGCUUGCUUGCCUAACAUGGUGGUCAUGGCUCCAUCAGAUGAGGCUGAACUGAUGCACAUGGUUGCAACCGCUGCAGCCAUAGAUGACAGACCAAGCUGCUUUAGGUUCCCAAGGGGGAAUGGAAUUGGAGCCGUUUUGCCUCUCAAUAACAAAGGAACUGCACUUGAGAUUGGAAAGGGUAGAGUUCUGACAGAAGGUAGCAGAGUUGCAAUCUUGGGAUAUGGUUCUAUAGUUGAGGAAUGCAGGGUCAUACAUAGAGAGACUGAAGCUGAAUCAAGAAAGAGAGAAAUUGGCAAGAAAGGUUAUGGAAAAAAUGUCUGUGGAACAAUUAUCUAAUCUAUUAUCAUUCUACAACUCAAUGGGCCAAAUUUGAAAUUGAGAUUCCAAUGAGUGUGUACCCAUGAUUUUGUAAUUCUACAACAAUUAUCUAAUCUUUUGGAAAUUAAGAUUCACGAUCUUGAAAUUGUCAAUGAAAAUGAGUGUGUACCCAUGAUUUUGUUGACCAUGGUUGGUGUAAA